CCUGUAGUGCGAAUGAAGUUGAAUUAACCAUACAUACAUACAUUAAACUCUUCAAGCCGGCAUUUACAGUAGAAAUUUGCGAAAUUUUAGAAUAUAUUGUGAAAUUCAGAAAAUUCCUUAAGCAUUUAAUAAGUAAAAUAAAUAAGAAGUGACAAAAUGGUAGUCAGGCCUUAUCUCGAGGAACUGAAAUACCUUGAAAAGGUUAGCGAUUGUUGUUGGCGUAUCAAGAAGGGAUUUCAGCCCAAUAUGAAUGUGGAGGGCUGCUUUUAUGUCAACCAAAAAUUGGAAAGGCUAAUGUUGGAGGAGUUGAAGAAUUCAUGUCGCCCCGGUGCGGUAGGCGGUUUCUUGCCUGGAGUUAAACAAAUUGCAAAUGUUGCUGCUCUGCCUGGCAUUGUGGGCAGGUCAAUUGGCUUGCCUGAUAUUCAUUCUGGCUAUGGUUUUGCAAUUGGAAAUAUGGCUGCCUUCGAUAUGGACGAUCCCAAUUCCAUUGUGAGUCCUGGCGGUGUGGGUUUCGACAUCAAUUGUGGUGUGCGUCUAUUGAGAACCAAUCUUUAUGAAAAAGAUGUACAGCCGGUUAAGGAGCAAUUGGCUCAAAGUUUGUUUGACCAUAUACCCGUAGGUGUGGGUUCCAAAGGUAUUAUACCCAUGAAUGCUCACGAUUUGGAAGAGGCUCUAGAGAUGGGCAUGGAUUGGAGUCUAAGGGAAGGCUAUGUUUGGGCCGAAGACAAGGAGCAUUGUGAGGAAUAUGGUCGCAUGUUGAACGCAGACCCCUCUAAGGUCAGCAUGAGAGCGAAGAAACGUGGUCUUCCCCAACUGGGUACACUUGGUGCCGGCAACCAUUAUGCUGAGAUACAAAUUGUCGAUGAAAUCUAUGACAAGUGGAGCGCCUCCAAGAUGGGCAUUGAGGAGAAAGGUCAAGUAUGUGUUAUGAUUCAUUCGGGCUCUAGAGGAUUUGGUCAUCAAGUGGCCACUGAUGCUUUGGUGCAAAUGGAAAAGGCCAUGAAGAGAGAUAAUAUCAACACCAACGAUCGUCAACUGGCCUGUGCUCGCAUCAAUUCACAAGAGGGUCAAGACUAUCUGAAAUCAAUGGCAGCCGCAGCGAAUUUUGCUUGGGUGAAUCGCAGCUCUAUGACUUUCUUAACGCGACAGGCUUUUGCCAAACAGUUCCAGACCACUCCCGAUGAUUUGGAUAUGCACGUGAUAUACGAUGUAUCGCAUAAUAUUGCAAAGAUUGAAAAUCACAUUGUGGAUGGCAAGGAAAAGAAGCUAUUGGUGCAUCGCAAGGGAUCAACACGUGCUUUUCCCCCACAUCACCCUCUGAUACCAGUGGAUUAUCAAUUGACGGGACAACCGGUGUUGGUUGGAGGUACUAUGGGCACUUGUUCGUAUGUUUUAACUGGCACCGAAAAGGGUAUGCAAGAAACAUUUGGUUCGACUUGUCAUGGAGCCGGGCGAGCUUUGUCGCGUGCCAAAUCUCGUAGAAAUUUGGAUUAUAAAGAUGUUUUGGAGAGGUUAGAGGAUUUGGGUAUUGCCAUACGCGUAGCAUCACCUAAAUUGGUAAUGGAAGAGGCUCCUGAGUCGUAUAAAGAUGUAACAGAUGUUGUGGAUACAUGUCAUGCGGCUGGUAUUAGUAAGAAAUGUAUUAAACUGCGUCCAAUUGCUGUUAUCAAAGGCUGAAUUUGAGUGCUAAUUCGAUUUGGUUAACCAUCAGUGUGGUGGUUGAUGACGAAGAAUUUAUAUUUGUAUGUUUUUUUUAUUUUUUUUCUCAUUAAAAAUAUGAGUAGAACUUCUAAAUUUUAUACUCAUUUUGAUUAUAAUUUAUUGCAAUAAACGAUAAAAUGGCCAUUAGGAAAAA